AAAAGAGUGUAUGUAUUUAAGUACCUUGGCCAUGUAUUAUGUGAUGAUAUGUGUGACGAUGAGGAUAUAAAGAGGGAGCGGAGGGCGCUGGCGACCAGGGCGAACAUGCUGGCACAUAGGUUCGGGCGAUGCACAGUGCCUGUCAAGAUAACUUUGUUUAAAGCUUUUUGCACAUCACUAUACACAUGUGCACUAUGGGCCAGCUGUACGCAGAGGGCGCUGGGUGACCUCCGCGUCCAGUAUAACAAUGCGUUCAGGGCGCUGUUGCGGCUGCCGCGCUGGUGUAGUGCAUCGGGAAUGUUCGCGCGGUGCGCGGCAUCUUUGUGCCGCCUGCGUGGCAGCCGGAACAGCCUUCUGGCCGUCUUAGCUGAUCGCUGGGAUAGUCAGCUCCUCAUACACUGGACUAGAAUGCACUCGGUGGUGGCCACCUACACAUAUAACUGAGUGUAUGUGGCUGUUACCAAGGCACUUUAAUUAGAAUUAGAAUAAGUUUUUAAAAAUGUAUUUUGCUCACUGUAUGGACUUUGGUCUGAAAUAAAGAUAUUUU